UCUCUAGCCAUUCUCAGUUAAUCUAAGCAACGCAUGCGUGCUAAUAUAUACAAUGACUGGUUAACGCAUAAAUGCUAUUUAGGUACUUUAACUGGUAUGAUAAGAAUUUUACAGAUUUUGUAAACUAGAUUAUUUAAUAAAUACCUUUCAGUGGUGGGCUGCACACGUAAUAUGUACGUAUUAAUAGUGAAGUUAUCAAAUACAUUUGAGUGAAAAUUCACAGGGACGUUGAAACUAUUUUGAUAAUUCAAACGUGAUGAAACAGAAAAUCGGACUUUGAAAACCCAAUAAAACCGGAAGAUUUCUUCACUUGCAAAUAAAUCACGAAUGGUCAAGAAUGAAGUAUGGGCUAAUGAUUAAUAUACUUUUUGGACUUUUUAUUUUUAAUUUAUUUUUGGAAUUAAAAGCCAUUCAUGGAAAAUUUCUCGGUGGUACGAUCUCUUGGAUGGUACUUCAGAACAAGCUUCGUCUGACAUACCGCCUGGCAUGGGAAAAAGGGACAGGACCUUGUGGCCCCGGAUGUAACAUCUUUGACGUAGGAAAGGAAGUAUCAUAUUUCAGUACGGAAAUUGCGUCACUUAAAUGGGUGGACGGAAAUGGAACCAUUCUACAUGACGUAAGCUACGUUUUGACGUCAGUCAGUCGAUCAGAUAUGAAUGGUUGGGAACAAGGGGAGGCAAUAUUUAUGGCUGGACUUCCAUCCACUCCUAUGUUUGUUAGGUUGACACACAUUCCGUGGAUUAUGUCGUCGAACACAUUAGCCAAUGAUAAUGGUAUGCUGGAGACGGUGAUAAGAACUGACUUGAUAAGUGACAAGGGCACAAGUAACCAGAGUCCGUAUUCUUCACUGCCGUCCUUUCUUGGAAUCGCGCACAACUGUACGAGCGUGAUCGAAAUCCCUGCCGAGGACCCGGAUGGAGACAAGGUGAGGUGUCGUUGGGCGGAGCCGAGCGAGUGCGGGAGCGGACGCACAAAUCUUCCAAUCAACUCCGUCUGGCUUGAUCCGGGCACAUGCAAAGUGACCGUUAAUACAGCAGGAUAUGAUGUUAACAGCACCUACCGACUCGCAGUAAUGCUUGAAGAUUACGUACCAUACAAGGUGAAUGUGGGGUCUAAACAGCAUAGGACGGGAACUGCGCUCAGCAAAACGCCUUGGCAGAUGACCCUACGAAUAAUACGAGUGGCGUGUGACAAUACACUAAGGCCAUACUUUGUGUUCCCAACGUUGAAAGAUAAUGCUCGAGUCUUUUAUUCAAAAGACAUGUAUAGAGCCAGAACACCUGUGCAUAUUUCGUACUAUCUGACAACACUUAAGAUCAAUGGAAGCUUGGAUUUUAUGAUCAGUGGCCCGAGUUUUAUGAAAUAUGUCUAUGAAAGCGACGACUUGAAUAGAACAGAUGUUAUGAAGUUGAGUGUAUACUGGACACCAAAACCUCCUGAUCAGAUAGCAGACUUUCAGUUUUGUGUUUGGGGCGUUGAUACUAUGGGAAUAACGUCGAAAGCAAAGUGUGUUAUAGACAUAAUAUUUGAAUACGAUUAUUGUAAUCAAACGCAAUGUGAAAAUAAUGGAACCUGUCGGAAUAUAUUUGACAAUCCACUAGAAAGUUGUGUGUGUGACACUGGAUAUGUAGGCACAAACUGCUCUCAAGCAUUACAGUGCCAUGAUGCUCCCUGUUUGAACAAUGGAGCUUGCUUUCCCGCGAAUGGACCCUUCAUUUGCACAUGUGACAGAGAGUACACAGGCGUUCACUGUGAGAAUCGUAUCACUGCCUGCACCUCCGCACUGUGUCAGAAUGAGGGCACGUGCCUGUAUCAACCAGGAUCAUUUCAGUGUAUCUGUCCAGUAAAUUUUACCGGUCAUCUUUGUGAAAUAAGCUCUUAUACUGGUAUGUAUGUUUACGUGCAAACAAAACAAACAACAUUGUUUACCCACAAACCAGUUACGACAACGACAAAGUCUACAAUAGUGUCUUCAACAAGUGUAUCUAACACCAUCAACCACCUUACAUGAAGAUUCUUUUGAUCAGCAUACUCCGCUUUUCUGGGGAAUAAUAGCCGUGCUGUGUGCGCUGGCUGUGGUGGCUCUGAUUGUUGCCAUCGUCAUUGUGAAGAAGAACGUGCAAGUGAGGCAUCAAGACACCUCUGCAUCCGCAUCCACUCCAGUUACGCAUAUAUUUUAAAUGUUGGACUCAACUUUUAAACAAAAAGCUUAUUAUAAAAUAGUUGUUUAUGAAUGUCAUUUUGCAUUAUACUGUCGGUGUAAUGCGGCAUAAAAUACUCUAAUAAAGAGUGAUUAAUGGCUACUUGGUAGUAAAUCGUCAAUAAAUAUUCUUAUGUUAAACUUUAUGAGUUUAUAUGAAAUAUCGUAUAAGACUGUAUAUAAUUUGUGUCUGUGUUAAGAUUUUAUGGCGGAAAAACAUCUAGCUGUUAUUCAAUAUCAUCUGAUAAUUUUUUUUCGUUGAUAUCAUCAUGGGUUAUAUGAGGUAAAUCUGUUGACAAAUUCUUUCGAUUUUCUCGAACAACUUACGCAUUAUCUCAGUGAAGCUGUUGGCAAUCAACAGUAAAACCGGAAAUUUCAUAAAUAUGUUUUAUCAAUAUUGCGAGAUUGAAUGCCAGUAAUAAAAAAAUACGUAUUUGAUACAUUUAUAAUUGAUGUACACACGUUGGUUGUAAUGUUAUGAUUUAAUUUUCACAAACACGAAAUUUAUGCUUUUAUUAUGAAACACUGACAUUCUUUUUAAUACUCUUUAACGAGGUAUAAAAUCAUCAAAUAUAAAAUAUUAAAUAUCCAAUAAAAACUACGUCGUUAUCUUACUCCCAUCUAUUUUAUGUAAGGAAUCAGACAGUAUGAAUUAUUCAAGAUAUCGCCUUAAGAAACAAUGAAUAACAUUUUACUGAGUUAAGUAAUUUUAGUUAAUUAAGUGUUCAAUGAACGUUCAUAGAUAGAAUCAUUCUAGGUGAAAAUCGUUUUUGUUAUUAAAAAAACAGUUUUAUAGUUGAGUGUUGUGAAUUGAUUUCUAAAACUGACCUUUCGGUUGUAUUAUUAAAAUUCCUGUUGGUAUAACACGCCUUGGAGAUUAAAUGUCUAUAUGAAUUUCAAUUCAUUACUGCUUUUCUUCCGAGAUCGAAUGAUAAGACAUACCAUAGUCAUUUUGUCAUAAUAAAUAUCCAAGUAAUUAUAUUUGGCAACCAAAGCCUCAUGCUUGUAUUUAUUUUAAUAGGGUGAAUAAAGUGUUAAACUACUU